AUGGGAGACAGCCAAUACUCGUUCUCUCUCACCACGUUCAGGUGCGACUCUCCUUCAUGCCGUGCUCACAAUGUCCUUGUGGUCGCCCAGCCGCUUGGCAGUGACGAUGCCAAAUUCUGACUCUCUUUUUUAUCGUUUUCUUGUGACCAGUCCUUCCGGAAAGUUGGUUCAGAUCGAGUAUGCCCUAAUGGCUGUUGGAUCCGGUCAGACAUCUCUCGGUAUCAAAGGUAGUUCAUGUUUCAGUUGUUUUCCUCUGGGUACUGUAAUAUUUCCUCUUCUUUCUUUGUAAACCACUCCCUUGGGAUAGGCGUAGACUCACAAAUCUUGGCGUUGUUCUGAUCGUAUAUGUCGAUAUAUAGUCCAGCCCACUGAAUCGGGGAGAGCUGUACCAAAUAAACAUAUUCUCCUAGUUUGCCGUGCAAGUGGAGAGCCUUUGAGGGAACUUUUUUUGGGGAAAAGUGACUACGACGUUUAAAUCUGAUGCGUAUUUCGUAGUUUCAGUUGAUGCCAUACGAGUUUGUUCGGUAAAGUUUCGUCGAUAAUCAUGCUGAAGAAUCUAUCUUCACAGAAAAUAAUUUAGAUUUUCUGUGAUUAAAAUAGAUCAUAAUUGUCACAAACCUCGACCAUUCAUGAGCCAAGAGAUUGUGGAAGUAACAUAAGUCUGUUAUAUUCAUCGAAGUACAUAAUGGCGAGGAAAAGGGAGGUACUAAUCUCCCUUCUCUGCAGUCCUCCUCCAUUCUUCUUCUUCAGCGAUUCCUGAUUACCCUUCUCCACUACUAGAGUUUUGCGAACUUUCAUAUUGAAAUAAACAUCAGCAAUAUCAAAAAGACCUUCCUGACAAAAGACUCUUUGGAAAAAAAAAUUGGGGGAGUUGAUUUCUUUAUUCAGCUUAUACAAGCGCAAUGAGACAAACAACUUUGAAUUAUUAAAUUUAGCUGGAUUUAUGGGGCAUUUUCGGUCAUGAUACACAAUCAAGCUCGUCUCUUUGAAUUUUUGUUGCUAAUAUCAUGCUAGUCUUUCUAUAGCAGUAUGUCAUUCAACCUUAUUUCAGCUAUUAUUUGCAUAUCAAACUAAACAUUGCAGCCAUAAUAUAUGUAUAUGAGGGAUUUUUUUCUGAUAAUGUUUACACAAUUAGAUAUUAUGUUAGAUGUUCUAAAGAAUGACAAAAAAAUUGCUGGAUAUUUGGCUCUUAUAUGUUUUGAGUUUUUUUGUGAGAUGUCCUUCACUUGAAUGUUCCGUUCCCAAUGCGUUUUGUGAAUGUGACUUCAGAAUUCGUGUGCUGACGGAUUGAACUUGAGUUUUUAAAGUGUCUUUUCUUUCAGAUCAUUAUCAAUGUAUAUUUUGAACCAUUGAAUUCAUUUAAUGACGGUUGCAGCUGCCAAUGGUGUUGUCAUUGCUACUGAGAAGAAACUACCUUCAAUCUUAGUGGACGAAGGAUCCGUAAGUGACUUUACGAAUUGUUUUGAUUGAAACUUAUCGAUUCGGGUUUGUUUUAAAUUAAUUGAAGAUCUGGCUAUUUCAAAACAUAAUUUAAUAUAUUUUAUGUUGUUAUUAAAUUAUAGACAGUUCUUCAUUCCAUAGAUUUUUUUCUUCAUGGGCAACAUAAAAAACGAAUUUAGUGGAUGCACAAGAUGUACAUACUCUUCUACACUUGAGCUCAUGAAUGAAGCAUGCUGAAUCUUUGAUCAUCAUUUUCAUUUGUUUUCUUGUUGUUUAGUCUUUGUCCUAUCAUCAUCUUAGAUUUUCCGUCAUCAUUGCCAGCAUAGUUGUUCUACAUAAUCAUGUCACAUCGCAUCAGUAUGCAUUUUGAUGCUCUCUUCAAUUUCAUGUUAGCUGCACUCUUCAAAAUGUAAGACAUUGCAGUAGAUUCUGUCGUCUCUAGUAUACCGAAAUAUGAUCCCACCCGAAAUGGCCUUUGUUUUUAUAAUUUUUUCGCAGACAUUGCAUCAAUUUAAUUUUCCAUCCGUCUCAAAUGGAUCCAGGUGCCGAGUAAUAGUUGCAAUAACUGAAAUAUACUUUAUUGUCUUCUUUUUGUGCUGCUCAUCUCUCAUAUUGUCUACGGGCAAGAUAGUUCAUACAAAUAUUCUAUUGUUAGCUACAGUGCACCCUCUUUUCUGACUUCCUUUCUAUAUCGUUCAUUGUCCAAACGAACACAUCUAGUCAUUUAUUUCUAUUACCGUCAUUUGAAUUUUCGGUACUUCUAUUACAAUUUUUAUAUUUUGUCCUUAUACAAAUAUUGGAGUCUGCAUAAAUGCAGGUCCAAAAGAUUCAGCUGGUGACAACGAAUAUCGGAGUUGUGUACAGGUAUGGUUUCAGUACUUGCUAUAAUGGUACAGCUUCUUCCCUUCACUGUCCAGUUUGUUUCAUUUUCUUGAUAAGGUAAGCUAUAUCUUUAAGCAAGUGUCCACAAGUGCUGACCAGAUUAUCAUUCUCAAUGGAUGCUUUUCUUAGUCAGCCCAUGGAACUUGGUCCAUUAAAAAGUAAAUGUGAAGUGAAAGUUUCUUUUCAAUGGUUGGCGUUCGAACAGUCAUUUGUAAUGUUUUCUUAUAGAAUUAUCAAUAACUCUUUCUAUUUUAAACGUGUAUAGCUAAAGACUGAGAGGUUAACAAUCUGCUAUUUAGCUGUAUCUUACGGUUGCCUAUGUGGUGUCUGAUAUGUUUGUUAUGUAUCAUGUUAUUGCAUGCUUUUGAGUCACCACAUACAUGUUGCAUCGUGUCAUAGCCUGCAGUGUGUAGGGGUCGAAUGAAGACCUUCUCGAAAUUAUUUUAUUAUUCCUGUAGACCCGUAUGCAGUGUUUACUGGACAUGAAUCAAUUUCUAUGUUUUCUGUUAGCUCUUUAUUGUCUUCCUGAUACACGUGAAGUUGAUUACUGUUUUGCAGUGGAAUGGGGCCAGAUUUUCGUGUUUUGGUUAGAAAAAGCCGGAAGCAGGCACAGCAGUAUCACAGGUUAUACAAAGUACGCUUCCUACUCUCAUUUUCACUUGGUUAUUUCUUUCAUCUUGGGUUUAUAAAGUGGAUCUUUCUUGGUGUGUUUUUGCCCCCCAAUGGAAUCUACUGUUUUUAUGAUGGAAGAAUUUCUAAUACUGGUGAUAGCUGAUUGAGUUUGAUCUGAUGUCUAGUCAUGUCAUUUAUCAUGCCGUCUUUCCGUGACACAAAAAGAUUCAAUGCUCAGUUUUUUCCUGUUCCGUUCGAUUCAGUUUUCUUAGGUCUUCCUAAUAUUACAUGUUAUGAUUCAUCCGGAGAUCAAAUAUUUUCAGCCAUGUUGAAUUUGAUGCAGUAGUUCAUGUCUUCCCUCGGAUAAUAGAAUCUUCCUUCUACUUGAACUCGUUUAGUGCACGUAACUCCUUUAUUUUAUGGGCUUUGUUUUGUCUCAAUUGUUUAGUGAGCUGUAAGUUUCCAAUUGUUCACUCUUGAUCAUAGAAGUCCUUUCUUUCAAUCUGCAGAACUUCUUUCAUGGUAGCUUCCUGAAUAGCAGUUUGGGCAGUUCUUGGCAUAGCAUAUGACAACUUGUUUAUUAUUGAGACACCAUUUAACUUUCUUUGAAAUUAUUAUUUUACAUCUUCUUAUCAUGGUGUCUAUGUCAACAUCAUGUUAUUAUCUCGUUGGGAAAAAGGCAAGUCUUACUUGAACUGCCAAUAUGACGUGUUUGUUCUAAAAUGAUGAGAAAUGUGAUCAAUAAAUGGACCUUAUUGUAGCAACAUUUUAUUAUUUUCUGUAUGCAAUAUUUCUCUAGUUGGUCCUCACAAGCAGUACAUAUACUUGUCAUCCACUUGUCAUUUCAUUAAGCUGGUGAAGUUACCACUUGCUUCCAAGUUCUCACAGACUGCUUUAGAAGGGUGAAGGAAGAUCCUCUCACGUUUUCCUGAUAAAAUUGAAUUUGGCUUUCCCAGUUCCCCAAUUGAUCAGAUUGAUGAUGAUCAUUAGGAUCCGACUUAAUGAAAGAAAAUGAACUCACGUGUUAUUAUCUUAUAUUGCACGUAUGCUAGCAUCUUAAUUCGUGUUGCAUUGCCAUUGAUCUAGGAACAAAUUCCAGUGACACAACUUGUAAGGGAAACUGCAACUGUCAUGCAGGAGUUCACUCAGUCUGGGUAAGUUUUUUGUCGCUACUUAAUUUACUUUCCAUUGUGAAAAUGCCGCCGCUUUGUUUGUGAAUACAGUACAGUCAUAAUUUAUGUGGAUUUUUUCCUUUUUUGGCAUCAGUGAGAGGUUAGCCAGCCUAUGAGCAAUGUACAUAUGUAUUUUUUUAGUAUGCUUCAGUUUGUUUUUUAUGCCUGGCCCAAUUUAAAUUCAAUAGCAUACAAAUGUUGAAGUUACUUUUAUGUUUAUGAAUACAGUUUUCUUAAUAAAAUGUUAAGAGUGACUCAGAGGGCAGAGGCGCUAACUUUCAUACCUGACUAUGCGUUUAGAUUUCUGUAAUAUUGAUGUCACAAAAUCAAAUCAUUGUCUGCUCUUUUCAGAGUCUGUGGCAGUAAAAAGAUCCUGUACAAUUAAUACGUGAUUACACCCUUCUCUGUGGAAAUAGACCUUCAUUCUCCUCUCAUGUGAAUUGAGGAUUUGCUGCUUUUCAUCUUGUAGCCUGAUUUUUAUUUAUGAUCCAAAAGCUGCGAAGUUAAGUUUCAGUGGAAAAUGUCAGGCCUUCUUGUUUUUAUAACUCUCUGUUUCCUUAACUGCAGCAAAUGUUAUCCAUUUUUUCAAUUAGUCCUUUUCAGCUUAUCUCCUUUUUAAACUUUAUGUUGUAAAUGAUUGAAUUUAUCUGUCUCUUUUUUGUUCCUUUUGAGGUUUGCAUAACAUUUGCCAUUUGACUGAUAUAAGAACUCUUUGGGUGUGAAAUAGAUCCUAUGUGUUGAAGUACUUAGUUUAUUUGUUUUAUUUUCCUGUAGUGGCGUGAGGCCAUUUGGAGUUUCACUUCUGGUUGCUGGAUACGAUGAUAAUGGCCCCCAGCUGUACCAGGUACCUACUACUGCACUGAUGAAGCUUUUCUCCUAAUUGAGCAAACUGUGGAUGUUACAAUCUGAAAUAACUAUCAACAGGCAGUUCCGCCAAGUGCAUCCACUUCCUGCUCUGUUGCAGACUCCAAAAAUGUAGUUUUGCAGUGGAUAACCCCCCAGUUUUAGGUGAUACUUAGUUGUUGUUGGAGGGCAACUCAUGAUUGCAAUUAAAGUAUUGUUACUUGAUGGAAUACACACGAGCACCAGAUAAUGUCCUAUCCUUAUAUGUCGUAUACAUCUGUCCAUUUUUUUAUCAAUCUAUGGGAAAGUCCAGACCUUAUAGUCACCCUACUCGUGAGAAGUGUGAAGGAAGAGAUGAACAGAGUCCUGAUGCAGGUGCCAAUGCGUAAUAUGGGUACUUAAAUACUAUUCAAUAUAUGUGCACAUGCAUUAGGACUCUGUUCAUCUCUUCCUUCACACUUCUCACGAGUAGGGUGACUAUAAGGUCUUUUGCUGUCCGUUAUUUUGAAAUUGAUAAAUUCCAUCGAUUAAGCAUACAUGUACUUUCCAUCGAUUAAGAUAAUGUCUGUUAUUUUGAAAUUGAUAAAUUCCAUCGAUUAAGCAUACAUGUACUUUCUAUAUUUUUCCUCUUUUGCUGCAUUUCUCUCACUAGAGAUGAUGAAAGCAUUAGAAAAUCUUACUUUUUCCGUCUUUUGCAAUAGGUUGAUCCUUCAGGGUCAUACUUCUCCUGGAAGGCUUCAGCUAUGGGCAAGAAUGUUUCUAAUGCAAAAACAUUUCUCGAGAAGAGGUACUUUGCUACAUUUUGUUGGAAACAUUAAUGACGAAAAUAUAGCUGUUCUACAAGCUAAUCCCCUUUUUACAAGUUUUCGGAAAGCUCGCCUGGCUAUUCGUUUUGAGCCUGAACCUAAGUAGGGUACAUAUGUUGAUAUUUUUUUCUUAUUUUGUCGACAUCUUUAAUCAGAUGAAUUUUUAUCCACUCAUGUCUGUGCAUGUAUUUUAUGCACCUGUUUUGUCUCUGAAUCGUUGCUAGCUUUUGUGUACUUGGUAUUGUGCUCGUUGACAUUCUUCUGUCAGCCAGUCAUAGAUUCUAACUAAUUUCCUCCACUUACCAUAAGUCGGAAACUAACUUCAAUUAUGUCUUUGUGAUGUUUAAUUGAAUGGAGUGAGGGUCUAAAGUGGGAUUUAUCCGCCACUUUGCUCCUCUUUUCCGAAAAAUAGCAUCAACGAUUCUAUUGUGCAAGUUUCGUAUUAAGUUUGUCUUGGUGGCUUUGCUCUGUCUGCAACAGUAAGGUUAGGUAUUAGGUUGUAAAAGGAGGCAUGCUACAACCCAACACAUGUGACAUCAGCCUUGCAGCGAACUUUAACAGGUGCCCUCUAUCUAGUUAAUCCGCAGACGUUGCCCUUUGAAAUCGAUCAGGGAGACCCUGGUAAAUCCAACAGUAGAUGAUAGCCUCAAAUGUGCGAUUUUGUUGUACUGACUCUGCAAAAUUAUCUUGAUCUUGAGAGUUGGGCAGUCCUGCACUUUUGGGCCUUUUCUACAUGAAACCCACCCAUAAUGUACCACCACAACUGGUAUGAAGUCCAGUUGUUCAAAAACAUGGGGCAAGUGCGCUUAAAGCCUAUCUCUAUUGGCUGUUCUCUCACCCUAUCAGUCGGAUUUAGACUGAUCCCAACUCUCCCUGUUGAGUUGAGAUCAAAAACAUGGGGCAACUCAUGUUUCACUUGGUUAGAUAUCUACUAUGAGGGUGCUCAAUCCUCUUAUCCUUGUGCGCAUCCCCCCUUUUCCGUCUACCUCAUAAUUGGUGCAGUAAAACUCGUCAUUCAAUGACUUAUCCUGUUUUUUUAUAUUAUUAUUAUUAUUAAAUUUUAUUUAUUUAUUUAACUGGGGCUGCGAAUUUUAAAAGUUCUCUGCUUCCAUUAGGUACACCGAUGAUAUGGAGCUUGAUGACGCUGUCCACACAGCCAUUUUGACUCUGAAAGAAGGGUAUUUCACGCUGGCAUCCUGACUGUUCUCGUUUCCACUUUGAUGCCUCCUAUUUAAUGCUUGUGCUUUGCCAACUGUUCAGUUUUGAAGGCCAAAUAUCUGCAAAGAACAUCGAAAUUGGCAUCAUUGGCGCUGACAGAAAAUUCAGGCAAGAUUAUUCUCUUGUUGCACGUUCUUAAAUGAAUUACUGAGAUUAUAUCUUCUUUAUCAUCAAUACUACGACACAUGGUUUAUUUCAACGCAAAUGAUCUGGUACAUUGGCCGGGCUUCUGGGGGAAGGAAGAAAUUAGAGUUCAUUUCCUAUGCCGGAUCUAUUCUGGAUAAAAAAAGAAAGCGAGCCGCAAUCUUAGUAAAGGGAAAAUGGUAGACAAAUUAUGAAACUGCUGGUGGAUGUUCAGUGAAUAAUAUCGUUUGGAAGCUCGAUCUCUACAACUCCAGGCUGUUUCUAGUUUCCAAACUAUUAGGAUUAUGAAAAAAUCUCAACCCAAAACUCAAUCCUUGCUAUAUACAUGAUGAAAACACCAGUUCUUGGCCGAAUGCCGUUUCAAUUGAAUAGCUCACGUGAUUGAUUAUUUUCUUUUCUUUUUUUGUUUUCUUCAAAUACCCUGCUGAAUUUAUCUCAAAUACUUUUAUUUAUUUCCUCCAAUCUCUGGUUGCAGAGUCCUCACACCUGCUGAAAUCGACGACUACUUGGCUGAAGUGGAGUAG